CACCACCGCACAUAUAUUUCCCUCCACAAACCCUAAACCCAUCCGUCCUCUACAUUGCACUCCACCGUAACUCUCUCUCACACUCUCUCUCUGCAAGUGCAACUCUGCAACGGUUGGGUUUCAAGGAUUGGACAGUCAUCGUUGACCCAAUGGCUUUAGUGCUGCACGCCGGAAGCACCAACAAAAAUGGUUUCAAGGCACUUAUUGCUGCUGAGUUUAGUGGUGCCAAGGUUGAACUGGUCAAGAAUUUCGAGAUGGGUGUGUCCAACAAAAGUCCAACGUUUCUCGAAAUGAACCCCAUUGGGAAGGUUCCUGUGUUAGAAACACCUGAUGGCCCUGUUUUUGAGAGCAAUGCCAUUGCACGCUACGUUACUCGGUUGAAGGCAGAUAAUCCUCUUUAUGGUUCUUCCUUAAUUGAAUAUGCUCGUGUGGAGCAAUGGAUUGAUUUUGCCACACUGGAGAUUGACGCCAAUAUUUUGCGAUGGUUAAUACCACGUAUUGGUUUUUCUGUUUACCUUCCUCAGGUUGAGGAAGCUGCGGUUUCUGCAUUGAAGAGAGCGCUAACUGCUUUGAACACUCAUCUUUCUUCCAACACGUACCUGGUUGGGCAUUCUGUUACUUUGGCUGAUAUCAUUCUGACAUGUAAUUUGACUCUGGGAUUUAGCAGGUUAUUCACAAAAAGUUUUACCUCUGAAUUUCCUCAUGUUGAGAGAUACUUUUGGACCUUAGUUAAUCAACCAAAUUUCCGCAAGAUAUUGGGUGAAGUUAAACAAGCAGAAUCCGUUCCAUCUAUUCAAUCAGUAAAGAAGCCAUCACAGGUGAAGGAACCUGCAAAACCUAAGGCCAAGGAUGAGCCAAAGAAAGAGGACAAGAAAGAAUCAGCAAAGCCUAAAUUAGAAGAGGCUGCAGAAGAAGAGGCACCCAAGCCCAAGGCAAAGAAUCCUCUUGAUCUUUUGCCGCCUAGCAAGAUGAUUCUGGAUGACUGGAAAAGACUUUACUCAAACACAAAGACCAACUUCCGUGAGGUUGCUGUUAAAGGAUUCUGGGACAUGUACGAUCCUGAGGGUUACUCUCUUUGGUUCUGCGAUUACAAGUACAAUGAUGAAAACACUGUUUCAUUUGUGACUUUGAACAAGGUGGGUGGUUUCUUGCAGCGGAUGGAUUUGGCUCGUAAGUACGCGUUUGGAAAGAUGUUGGUGAUUGGCUCGGCCCCUCCCUUCAAGGUUAAAGGCUUGUGGCUCUUCCGGGGACAAGAAAUCCCGAAAUUCAUAAUCGACGAGUGUUACGACAUGGAUCUGUACGAGUGGCGUAAGGUUGAUAUCACUGAUGAGGAUCAAAAAGAGCGUGUCAAUCAAAUGAUUGAAGAUCAUGAGCCUUUCGAGGGGGAGGAUUUAUUGGAUGCCAAAUGUUUCAAGUGAUUAGAGAGGUGUCAAAAGAAGAUGUACUGUGUUAGGGCUAUAACAAUGUCUUCUGAUCUUAGUCCUUUUAUUGAACAUUGUUAGAGGUUCGUGUAUUUUAUUUUCAUGUAACGUUGUCCGUUGUAUCAGAAUUAUUAAACCGAAAUGUGCGCGAAAAGUUAUUUUUGCAAUGGUACUUCUCAAAUUACAGACA